AUGGUGCGGCUGUUGCGGUGGCGCGUACUCGCGCCCGCUGUCGUUGCUGCUCUGCUUUGUGCAGACGCCCCAUAUCUCGCUAUUGCGGAAGAGGAAGGAGAGGCCCAAGCUGAGGUUCCAUUCGGCGAUGGAGAGCCCGCAGCAGCAGCAGAAACAGCAGCAGGAGCAGCGGCAGCGGCAGACUCUGCUGCUGCUGCUGCUGCACCAUCAAAAGGGGAAGACGCCUCAGGGGAGCCCAGUGUAGACACAACCGCCAUGGGGAUCAUUGCGAAGCUAAGGGAAUUCCCUGGCUUAGGAGAACACGGCGCCGGGUUGCUGCAGCUCGCGGAGGAGGGUCUUGGCAUUAAAGCGAGCACGUUAGAGUUGAAGACAAUCGGACCGAUGCUGAUGGACCUACAGAAGAAUGUGCACGAACAUUACAUGCUGACAAAGGGGAACGGAAAGUAUAAGCCCUCUUCUCUUCUUACCCGCGUCAUCGGCCAGAAGUCAAGAAACCGAGUGAUAAGGUCUAUGAAGAAGUUCGCUCCAGACACCGAAGAUAGCGAGCUCAUUCAACAGCUAGACAUUGUGACGCAUUUGCUGCACGAGCUGCACACCAACCCUAAGAACAGCGUGCACGACUUAAUGCAGACAGUUUCAAAAGCGGUGGGUUUCAAUUUGGAGGAUGAAGACAUGAAAGAGUUGUCAGGGCAUAUGAAGUGGGCUGAGGAUUUAAUGGGGAAGGUAUUCUCCCUGCUGCCGUCUUCACUGAAGGGACAAAAAGCAGAAGAACUUUGA